AGAACAUGGGAAGGGCUACAGAGGACGCAUUGAAAGUGGCGGACCAACACGCUCUAUUUUCUAUAUUUGUGCAGUGUUGACGAAAGUUUGAAAGAAUUUUUUAAUGACCCUUCUGGGUAAGUAACUGAUGACUGUAUUCAACUGCAUUUUGGAAGUAAGUAGUAUUUGUAAUCAGUUACUUUUUUGUGUAACAUGUACAAGUCUGACAGAAACCGUGCACUCCUUAAAUUGAAAUCAAAGGCAAAGGCUAACUACGUGGUCUGAAACGAUAUGUUCCACCCUGUUUAUCACGAUACGCAAGUCUACCUAGGGGCCCUCAAGGGCGUUAAAACGAGUUUCCCUAUCAGCGUGCUCGCAUACACUUUAAAUAGAAUGCCGUAUCUGACGCGGCCUACGUUCUCGUUUGUGGUGAGCCCCAAUUUUUUCUUACAAACUACUCUUCUCACUCGUGUAAAACAGAGCGAGAAGCACAUUAACACUAGCUCAUUCUAUUUCUUCAGCCAGGCGGUACUUCGUUCUCGCACGCAAGAAACUCCAACUUCUUCGUGAAUAGAAACAAAUGGUUUCUUUAAAUAACUCCUUAGUUAGGGUAAGUUACCAUCUCAUAAACGCUGAGGUUGUGAGUAAAACAUCCGCGCCAAAACACGAAGUUGCCUUCUUUUUCGAGUCACUCUCAUUUUUUCUCCGUCUCUUCCUCUUUAUGUUUACCCGCUGUGGAAAGCGCGCUCGGUGGCCGUGACAGGUGGAAGCGGGCUGCGCGGAGCAAGCUUUCUUCUCCGGCGGAACGACCCCGUCGUACCAAGUGUUCCUGCUUCCUCCGCAUCAUCGUUCCCGACUUGCUGCGCGUUCUUUGUUUUUCCCGCCCGCUCCUGUGGUCGUUUCGGCCCACGCUGAACCCCCUCCCUGGAUGGGCGCGCACCGGGCGUCGCGGUCCAGCGAACGGUGCGAGGAAGUCGGCCACUGGUCCUGGCGCGGAAGGGCGUCUCCACCGCCUAUAAAACGCGCGUCCUCCUUCCCUGGGGACCUUGUGCACGGUCAGGGGCACGCACACAAACACAUCAUGGCCAGGAGAACGGGACCAUCGCUGCUGGCAUUGCUCGUGGUAGUGCUCUUAGUGGCGCCAAGCUCCGAGAAGAAGCUGCUCAAGCUGGCGCUACUGAUGUCCGGAGGAACCACCUUCAUCCCCAUACCAGUGCCACUCAACAAGAAGGUGGAGCACACCAAGCUUGUGCCCUACAACAUACCGUAUCCGGUGCCCGUGCCGGUCCACACGCACGAGCACGUGAGGCACGGCGGCAAACACGCGCAUGUCAACUACGAACCCAAGCACGACCACUCCAGGAGCAAAGUAGUUGUCAUAGACGGCGACCGCCACGGUGGAGGGCACUACGGUGGCGGGCACUACGGUGGGGGCUACUACGACGGCUACUGGUGACCACGUUGACGAGCCUCCUCCGAGAGCCCCGAAUGAAACAUAUCCGGGCUGCGAAGCUUCAGCCCGGCCUCGUCGCCAUGUGUGCAUGAGUCACUGCGUUCAAGCGUGCGACAGCGUCAACACCUGUAAUUUUUCUCGAGCUCGAAUGAAUUUCAAGCGCCGUAUCGAAAUCGCAGAGAGACGAUAGUACUCAAGAAACGGCUAUCGAAACGGGUAUUUUAUGGUGUUUCACUGUAACAGGGUAUACUGAAAGCGUGGAGAGAGAUGAAAUCUUUGUCUACAAUAGUAUAUUACGUGCGUCCCUCAAAUGUUGUGCC